AUGAGAAGGCGGAACGAGAUGAAAAAAGAUGAUGAUGAUGAUGAUGAUGAUGAUGAUGAUGAUCAACUUCCACCAUAUCUUCCUCAGGAAAUAAUAAUCGAAAACAUUAUCACCAGAUUACCAGCUUGGACUCUAGCCCAGUGGAGUUGCGUCUGUAAGUUAUGGUACAAUUCAACUUAUAAUGAUAAAAGAUUUGCUGAGAUUCACUUAAUUCAAAACAAAGAAAAACUAGUAUUCGAUCUCCUUAAUGUACCAUUCAAGAAGAGAAGAGCUUGCUUUUUCAGUUUAGAUGAUGAUUUUAAACAUAGAUUGUUAAUGAAAAUAAUUUCCCCAGGCACAACUGAAUUAGUAGGUUACUGUAAUGGUUUAGCUUGUAUUACUCCAGUGCGUAAAAAGUUUGAUGAUGGUGGGAGUGUUGUGAUUGUCGUUAACCCAACCAGGUGCGAAUCACUUGCCCUCUCCUAUUUUUAUCCUCAGGGUGAGGUGGGAUACCGUUACUUAUGUCAUGGUUUUGGUUUUGAUUCAUCAACACAAGAGUAUAAGAUUGUAAUUGUUUUUACUUCAAAAGCCAAUGAUGAGUUUCUGUGCAUGGUGUUUACUUUGGGAACUAACUCAUGGAGAAAGAUUGUUACUAGUGUUGCUGAUAUCUCACCUCCACCAGGUUCAUCUCCUUUUCCUAGUCGAAUUGUAACAAGAGCUACUGGAAAUAUUCGUACACCAGGCACCCUUUGCAGUGGUCUUUCUGGAAGAUAA